AUGUUGAUCCUGGUUGAUUAUGACGACAUCAAGCUCGAUGACUUCGAGGUUGAUAACCCUCACUCCGACGAAGUUAUCAACCCCGAGGCUUCUCCUUCCAGCAGCGAUGACCACGAGCAGGUCCUGGAAAUUGUCCCCAUUGUCCCACUAGCCUUGAACACGACGGCUCCAAGCAAGCUUCCAAGCUUGGCUACCCUCCGGACUCCAAGCUGGUCAGCAACUGGUACCAUCACGUGUGCCAUGAUUACUGUCCGGACCACUGGUCUGAACAUGAAAACAUGGACUCGGAAGAAGCCGACCUGA